UAUAUUAUCAUGUAUGCAUUAUACAUCAAUUCACAAAAUGAAACUUCUUCAUCGUCAUGAGUUUAUAUAUUCAGAUGAUGUUGUAAGUUAUUGAUCCGUUUCAAGGGGCCGUAUUAUAAACAGAUGAAGCUCGUUGUAUGGGCCGGGAUUUACGUACAUUAUUGAAGUCGAUAAUCUCUCAAUUCCGGGGCGCCGCCGGGUAUGCAGCUACCACUAGACUUGUACGUACGUAGAUUCGACCAGUUUCUUUGAUAUAUAAUUGCAGAUCAGCUGGAUAUAUCUCUUUCCUUCGAGCUUUCCUACUUUUCGUUCUUGUCAAGGACGGGUUUUACUAAGUCGUCUUUUUUUACCAACGAUCGAAGAUAAUCAAUUCAAGCAUCUGAAAUCUCUUGAAAUGAGUUUCUUCCACAAUUCGCCGCGCCAUCGGCGCGACAACGAUAUGGAGGCCGGACCAAGCCGCUCCGGUGUCGGCAUGAACGGUGGCGAUGAAUCGUCUUCGGAUCCUUUCGAUAUUACCAGCACCAAGAAUGCCUCAAUCGAGCGUCUCCGCCGCUGGAGGCAAGCGGCAUUCGUGUUAAAUGCCUCUCGUCGAUUUCGUUACACCUUGGACUUGAACAGGGAAGCAGAGAGGAAGCAAAGUAUAAGGACUUACAAAGCGCAUGUUCAAGCCAUACAAGCUGCAUAUCGUUUCAAGGCAGCUGGGGCAAAAAAAAAUGAAACGCUGAGACCACCUCCACCCCCCACUGGCGAUUUUGCAAUUGGACAAGAACAACUUGCUUUGUUAACAAGAAAUCACGAUGUUUUAGCUUUGCACCAGGAAUAUGGGGGGGUUAAUGGGCUAUCAAAUUUGUUAAAAACAAACUUAGAGAAGGGGAUUCAAGGAGAUGAUCCUGAUUUACUGAAGAGGAGUGCUGCAUUUGGAUCGAACAAAAUUCCUCUGAAAAAAGGGAGGAGUUUUUGGAUGUUUCUCUGGGAAUCUUGGCAAGACCUCACACUGAUUAUAUUGAUGAUAGCUGCGGUGGCCUCUUUGGUUCUGGGUAUAAAGACUGAGGGUAUCAAGGAAGGGUGGUAUGAUGGAGGAAGUAUAGCUUUUGCAGUUAUUCUUGUCAUUGUUGUUACAGCUAUAAGUGAUUACAAACAAUCUCUUCAGUUCCAAAAUUUAAAUCAGGAGAAAAGAAAUAUCCAUAUGGAGGUUAUUAGAGGUGGCAGAAGAAUUGAGAUAUCUAUAUAUGACAUUGUUGUUGGUGAUGUUGUACCUCUUAACAUUGGUAAUCAGGUCCCUGCCGAUGGAAUUUUAAUUUCUGGUCAUUCUCUCGCAGUUGAUGAAUCAAGUAUGACUGGAGAGAGCAAGAUUGCUCACAAGGAUUCCAGAAAUCCGUUUCUGAUGUCUGGCUGCAAAAUUGCAGAUGGUAGUGGCACCAUGCUGGUGACUAGUGUUGGGAUGAAUACUGAGUGGGGAUUGCUCAUGUCUAGUAUUUCAGAAGACACUGGUGAAGAGACACCAUUGCAGGUACGCCUAAAUGGGGUUGCAACUCUCAUUGGUAUAGUUGGACUUUCAGUAGCUGUCUCUGUCUUGAUUGUUCUUUUGGUCAGAUAUUUUACUGGCCAUACCAAAAACUCAGUUGGACAUCCUCAGUUUAUAGCAGGCAAAACAAAAGCUAGUGAUGCCAUUGAUGCUGCCAUUAAAAUUGCUACUGUUGCUGUCACCAUAGUAGUAGUUGCAGUACCCGAAGGGCUUCCCUUGGCUGUUACCUUAACCCUUGCCUAUUCCAUGAGAAAAAUGAUGGCAGACAAGGCCCUGGUGCGAAGGCUCUCUGCAUGUGAGACCAUGGGCUCUGCCACAACUAUUUGCAGUGAUAAGACCGGAACCUUAACUUUAAAUCAGAUGACUGUGGUUGAGGCUUAUGUUGGUGAGAAAAAAAUUGAUCCUUCUGAUAAGUCACAGUUUUCUCCCAUGCUUUCCACUUUACUUAUUGAAGGCAUUGCACAGAACACAACUGGCAGUGUGUAUAUGCCUGAGGGUGGUGGUGAAGUGGAGGUUUCUGGAUCGCCAACAGAAAAGGCCCUUCUUUUUUGGGGAGUCAAGCUGGGGAUGAAUUUCGAGGCUGUCAGAUCUGAAUCUUCAGUUAUUCAUGUCUUCCCAUUCAACUCAGAGAAAAAACGAGGUGGCAUUGCGCUUCAGCUGCCUGAUGGUCAAGUUCAUAUUCACUGGAAGGGGGCAGCUGAAAUAGUUUUGGCAUCAUGCACAAUGUAUAUUGAUGCAACUGAUCGGGUGGUAAUGAUGGAUGAAGAUAAGAUGAUGUUUUUUAAAAAUGCUAUUGAAAACAUGGCCACUGGUAGCUUGCGUUGUGUUGCCAUUGCAUAUAGAUCAUAUGAAUCAGAGGAGGUUCCAUCUGAUGAAGAACAACUAGCUCAGUGGGCGUUGCCUGAGAAUGAUCUUGUACUGCUGGCUAUUGUAGACAAUGUAAUGCAGGAUCCUUGUCGGCCCGGUGUCAAAGAUGCUGUGCGAUUAUGCCAAAAUGCUGGUGUUAAGGUGCGGAUGGUCACUGGUGAUAAUGUUCAAACUGCGAAAGCAAUUGCCUUGGAAUCUGGAAUACUGGGUUUGGAUGCAGAUGCUACCGAACCAAAUCUCAUUGAAGGAAAAACAUUUCGUGACUAUUCAGAUACCCAAAGAGAAGAAAUUGCAGAGAAGAUAUCUGUGAUGGGACGGUCGUCUCCCAAUGACAAGCUUUUGCUCGUGCAAGCAUUGAGAAGGAAAGGACAUGUAGUUGCUGUAACUGGGGAUGGCACUAAUGAUGCUCCUGCUCUACAUGAGGCAGACAUUGGUCUUGCAAUGGGUAUUGCUGGCACAGAGGUUGCUAAAGAGAGCUCCGAUAUCAUUAUCUUGGAUGACAAUUUUGCUUCUGUUGUGAAGGUUGUCAGGUGGGGCCGAUCUGUAUAUGCAAAUAUUCAGAAAUUCAUUCAGUUCCAACUUACAGUGAACGUAGCAGCUCUAAUUAUAAAUGUUGUGGCAGCUGUUUCCUCUGGUGAUGUCCCACUAAAUGCUGUCCAGCUUCUCUGGGUUAAUCUUAUCAUGGAUACUCUUGGAGCUCUAGCAUUGGCUACAGAACCACCAACUGAUCACCUGAUGCAGAGGCCACCAAUUGGUCGAAGAGAGUCUCUUAUAACAAAUAUCAUGUGGAGGAACUUGCUGAUACAGGCUCUAUAUCAAGUGACCAUCCUGCUUGUUCUCCAUUUCGGAGGUAGGAGUGUGCUGAAUUUGAAGGGUGACACAAUGGAGCAUGCCAACAAAGUGAAGAACACUUUAAUAUUCAAUUCCUUUGUUUUCUGUCAGGUUUUCAAUGAAUUUAAUGCUCGGAAGCCGGAUGAAUUUAAUGUAUUCAAAGGAAUUACUAAAAACUAUCUUUUUAUAGGAAUAGUUGGAUUAACGGUUGUGCUUCAGGUGAUUAUCAUUGAGUUUCUUGGGAAGUUUUCCUCAACAGUAAAGUUGAGCUGGUCAAAGUGGCUGAUCUCCAUUGUUAUUGGUUUUAUGAGGUCAGUUUGUUAUGUUGGCCCCUAGCUGUUAUUGGAAAACUGAUACCUGUACCAGAAACUCCCUUAAGUAAGUUUUUCCCAAGAUUCCAGCGACGAUGAAUGUCUCAAGGUUAAUGUUAGUUGAUAGAAUGCUUUAAGGAGUCUGAGCAAUGCCUCUUCCACUGAACCCAAAAAAGUGCAUCUCGCAAAAAUUCUCUUCUCCACCAUUUUUAUUGACCCUACCAAUUUCACACUAAAACGACGUAUGAAAUCUUUCUCAUCCUAAACAUAUUUUCAACCAGCUCCAGCUCUUUCACAAAACUCCCAGAACAACAAAUCUGCAAUAUUUUGUAACAAAUAAUAUAAAAUUGAAAACUUUUCACAUCCCAACAUGGCCUAAAAUUUUCAAGAAGGAAACAGCAAAGGAUGCGGCCCCAUAAUCAAAUGUAAGAUGUGAAGGCACAAAAAAGAGCAAGAAAAUUUGUAAUUUCUUGCGCAAGGAAAUGAGUCUUUUAUUGGGAAACCUGAUAAGAAAAGCAAGUGGGAUGGAUUCUGGAUCUUUUAUAAAUACCAUUGGAUGUCCCCAAUUGGAAUCAAUGCCCUACGAACUUGAGAAUAAUUUAAAGAAAAUGGUACUUCCAGAAGGCCAAGUUUUGGUUGUUCUGUCACAUUGAAGAGGUUGAAGCAAUUACAAGAAAAAAGAAAUAUAAGUCAAUUUCUGAUUCUGUAGAUGAUGCCAAGCAAUGCAGCUUGGAUGAUAAGCAAGGGGCAGUUAUAUCUAAAUUUAAGGAUGUGGAGUGGUGGGAGAUCCCUGAAACCAAUAGUUUUGGCACCACUCCAGAAAGGGGCGGUGUCAAAUCUAAAAUUUAGAUGAGGAUGGUUCAGUUCUGAAAGUUCACUUGCUGGAAUUUUGGAGGAUCUCAUAAAAGAGAAUUCAGAGAAUAUUGAGAUAAGAGAUGUAAAUGGAAACAGUUCUAAAAAGAAUGAAUGUAAGGAACCAGAUCAGAAUGUGGGUAACAACAGGGAAAAAAGGUCCCAAGAAAAUAAAUUUUCCAGGCUACCGACAGAAAUGCCCCCAAAGAACUGAAACUCAACAGAAGGUUUGGAAUCAUACGAGAGAAAUGAGCAACAAAUGAUGGUGAAUGCAUCACUUGGAAGUAAUGGGAGUGCUGUUAAGUUAGGUCAAGGUGAAAGUGGUCAAGUUAGUUCAGAAGAUUUUCUAAAGCCAUCUAACUGACAGAUUAAUGGGCAGGCAAAUGGAAACCUUGAGAAGCAAAUGGAGAGAAACCUGUCUUUGCGCAAUUGAAGAGGCAACGUGGUGGUUCUGUUGAGAUUCAUGAUAAUAUUCAUGUUGAUGGGUUAUUUUAUCACGACAAAGACUGUUGAUGCAUUUCGGCUGGUAAAAGCUAAUGAGAUGUGGUAUUCGCUGAUGCGAGGCUUAUAAAUGUAUUCUGGCGAAGGUGUGAUGAGCUGAAACUUCCUUGGAGGAAGACGAUGGAAAUUGGUGUUUUUAUUUUGCCCUGGGUCCAGUAAAUUGUUAUUGUCGCGGUUGGAGCACAGAUUGAGCUUUUUGUCACUGCAUGACCAAGUUGUCCACGCCGUUGCUGAUAAUUGCAGCACCCCUUCUGGAAGGCAGAUAUGCGAGGUGGAGGAGGUGGUGCAUGAAGAUGGCUAUGUUUAGCAUCUUCCUUGGAGAAAGACGAUCAAAUAUAAUUGUCAUUCAAAAUAAAAUGACAAUGGUUUGCUGGGGCCAAUGGUAUUUAACAUCCCAAAAUAAAAUGUGUCCCGACCGAAAAUAUGUGUCACAAGUACCCCCUCAUCUCGGCUGCUACUGAAGUCUUGCGUGCACGUUUAAAGUAGAUUGGAUUGUACUGGACUUCCGAGAUUUACCAUUUAGAUAUUAAAAGUAUAUCAAAUUAUCUA